UGCAAGUGCAGAUCAUCCGCUCCUCGGCGAGCUGCUGACAUCGCGCCUCGGUUGAUGCGCGGGGCAGACGCUAAUUGAGGGGCAACGUCGGUCACAGUGAAUGGCGAGAUGCGUUCAUCAAGCUUCACAUCUACACAUGCACUCACACUUAGCAAUCCAUCCUAAACCCCUCGAAACAUCGGAUUCUCAGAUUCUUUGCACUGCUCAUCGCGAAGCAUUUCGUCGCUAUGUCGUUGGACUUCUCACAGUACGGUGGCCCAUCUGAUGAAUGGCUGGCGAUUGAGAAGACACUACCAGCCACGACUUUCGACACAAAUAUCGACCCUAUAAUCCUCAAGAACGCUGUCAAUCAAGAGCGAGAGGAGAGAACGGCUGCUGGCAUGAAGUUCCUGGCUCCGCAUGUCCACACAGCUGAUUACUCCAUUAAAACGCGCGAUGGAUCAUCAAUCGAAGCUCGUACCUACCGCUCGGUCAAAAAAGACAAGUCCGAGAAACUCCCCGUCUUCAUCUACUUUCAUGGAGGCGGCUUCAUCUUUGGUAGCAUUGCUUCAGAGGACUUUGUCUGCGCCCAGACCGCCAUCAACACAGGUGUCCUAGUCGUAAACAUCAACUACCGCCACACCCCUGAGCACAUCUUUCCAACUGCAUGGCACGAUUCGCAAGACGCAUUUACUUGGGUGCACAAGAAUAUUGAAGAGCUCAACGGCGAUCCCUCAAAAGUGCUUGUCGGUGGUGUAUCUGCAGGCGGACAGCUUGCAGCGUCUCUCACGUUGGAAAAGCACCUUAGAAAGAGUGAUGCCACGAAGGAUUUGCCAGAGCUUGCCGGACAGGUUUUGAUUAUCCCUUGUCUGGCAAGCCCGUACACCUACGACGAGGUCGUUGGGAGGUAUAUCGUGCCGGGAAAGUCGUCAUACGUCGAGAAUGAGAACGCACCGAUACUGCCACUGAAGACUGUCGAGUUCUUCACUGCACUAUUGAAGACUCCACUUGCGGAUCCGAAGGACACGAAGACCAACAUCGUGAACGCAUCAGAUGACGAGGUUCGCGGUCUACCCCCUACCGUAUUCGGUAUUGCUGGGCUGGAUCCUUUGCGGGACGAGGCUCUGAUCUUCGCGAAGAAGCUUGCUGAGGCAAACGUGCCAACUGAAGUCAGGCUUUUCAAGGGUGUGCCGCAUGGGCAUAGGCGUUUUGGUAAGGCAUUGAAGGCCUCUGAUCACUGGGACGAGUGCAUCGACGAAGGCAUUCUAUGGGCACUGUCAAAGCCUCAAGCAACAGGCAAGUUCGUGGUCAAUGUUCCUUGAAGUUGUACCCGUAGACAGGGCAAACUAGGCCGGGGCUCAGACCGAAAUGUGCAGUCUUUACUUCUGCACUCUCAAUUGAUCGCGUCAAUCUCUUGAGACAAGGGUGGCAGCAGAGUUAGCAGCGUAAAGCAUACACACGCAGUAAAACAUUGCAGACACCAGUGAGCGAGUCACUCAAGAUAGCCUGUUGCUUGUGCAGAUGUGCAAAUUUUUCGGAAGGCGUUUUUCAGUCGAGACUUCAUCUCCCCAAGCCCAAUUGGCUCAAUCUGCUUUUCGUGCCGCAAGGCUUGACUUGAUUCACCUUUCGAGAUGUUUGAAGCCAGGGCUGUCUAUGUAGAGCCCCACUACCAUACGGAAUCAAC